CCGUGGGCGCGCGAACCUAACGCGUCGCCAGGGUAACGGGCGGGAGCAGAGCUUGGGCUAGGGCGAGCCGUUCGCGGCGGCGGCGCCGAGAGGGCGGAAAGAUCGCGGCCGCCGGGAGGCCGCCAUGGAGCGGCUGACCGUGUCCCCCGGGGCCGCCGCCGCCGUGGACGAGUACCUGGAGUACAGAAGAGCCCUGAAGAGCAAAUGGUGCGCCACAGACGCUGCUCUAUUGGGAGUCACAGUCAGAGGAAUUGUUGGUGAGGAUGACGGAGGUAAACUUUUCACCCCUGAAGAAUAUGAAGAAUACAAAACUAAAGUUUUACCAAUGCGAUUACGAAACAGAUUGUUUGUGAGUUGGAGAUCGCCGAUGGGCAUGGACUGUAAACUGGUGGGCCCAGAAACUCAGUGCUUUUGUACACACAGGUAUAAACAGCAUAAGACGGACUUGGAAGUCAUCCCAACAGAGCGCCCAAUCUCCCUGCCUUGUAGAGUGAAUCAGUGCCCUUGCACCUCUUUUUACUAUGUGCCUUUGAGUGGGACUCGGCCCAUCCGGUGCAAGUGUAAGCAUUUUGCUGACCAGCACAGUGCAGACACGAGUCGGAUUUGCAGAACAUGUACCAAGUGCCCAGGAUUUCAUAGUUACUUCACUUGUAGUUGUGGUCAUCCCGCAUACACACAUGAGACAGUGGUGGAGACCAAAGAAGAGAGGCUGGCCCUGGGCAAGCCCGUGGGGCACGAUGUCCCUUAUGCUGCAAUGGGAGGACUAACGGGAUUUAGUUCACUGGCAGAAGGCUACAUGAGACUAGAUGACAGCGGAAUAGGUGCACCUCCACGUGAAAUUUUAGAAUCUCCAAUUACUGCCGCAGACCACCCAUUCCUAAGAGCAUUUCAAGAGCCAUCUAGUUCUGUUCAAGGUACAAGUAAUCAAGCAUCUUCCUUAAGGAGACCCGAUGAAGAUGAUAUGGCAUACUUUGAAAGGCGCUACCAAGAGAGGCUGAAAAUGGAAAAGGCCGCUAAGAAGAAAGCAGCGGGGGCCUUGCCGUCCACAAAACGUUAAGGAUCGCAGGAAGGGGUUAACCACCAGGAUGAAUAAAUGUCACUGGAGUAGGUUACAUUUUCAGUAAGAGGAACAAGUGAACCAUUUACUGCAGCAGGUGCCCAGCCUCUACAAUGCAUUUCUCCCCCAACAUCGGCUUCAAGAUGGUUAAAACUGAUCUCCGUAGUUGGAUUCUCAGGUCCUGUGUCUUGUCCAUUUCUGGCCAGCACCUAGGAGGAGUCAGUACUCCCCCCCCCCAUCCCUCUGUAUUUAGCUUAUCCAACAGUAAAGGGCUCUACCGAAGCUAUAUUCUGUGAUCCUGAUUCUUGUUAGGGGGAGAUCAAGAGAGAAAGAUGGGACCUGACUGCUAAUAAGAAUGAUAACAACCAAAGCUUCUCCACUGUUCUUACUGUGUGCCAGGUACCGGACUCAGCGCUUUAUAAGGAGUAUCUCGUUUGGUCCUCACAACAAUCCUGGGAAGUGGGUGUCGUUAUUACCCUUGUUUUACAGAGGAAACUGAGGGGAACAGAUUAUGUGACUGGGCCCAGAGUUACAGAGCUAGGAAGUGUAAGAAAAAGAAGCCCCUUAGGAAGUUCUGGAAUGAGAUAAGUGAAAAGAAACUUAACACUGACUUUUAUAUAGCUUAUUGGUCCCCACCCUCCCCAGGUGCCUACUGUGGCACACCUCCCAGUAGCCUGGAGGGGAUUUACCUUUGGUAAUCGAAGACUAGACCAGUGGCAGGUUCAACUGUGCUGGAAGAGCUUUGAGAAGGGUUCCAGCAGAUUGUUUUCUAGGGAUUCAUUUGCAGGGGAAAACCAACAAAAACUUUGUUGUAGAUUCCUCCCUGGGCUACUUCGCUGACUUAUAGUAACACCUGAGGGAUGGGGCUCCAGAAAGUUUCUUACUCUUCCUCAUCAUUUUGUACAAUGCCUGGAUCAUCCAUGUCUGUCUGUCUGUCUCCCUAUGAUUCAGGUUCAUUCAGUCCGCUCCCCUUCUAAAACUGCAGGUCAGGGACUCUUACCAUUGGGAUUCCCAUGAAUAAUCAGCUGACACACUCAAUCAUUUCUUAGCAAAGGCGUUCACUCAAAUGCCGUAGCAAGACCAGAAUGUUUCCCUCUGCCCCAGAUAUAUACCAUGAUGGCCAUGGGGGUGAGCGCUUCUUGUGGAAGGACUCCAUAUGGUCCAGGAAACUUGCAGCUAUGGAGCCCCAAGCCUGUAAAGAGCUUAUCCCUGGGCAUCUCUUUUGGACAGGUGGGCUUUUCCCAUGGAGCCCCGGGCCCUGGCUUGUCAUGGGCUUCAGAUGGUGGUCCUCAGCAGGGAGUGUGUCUUCAAGCUUCCUCCUGUUCCCUCAUGACCUCAGCUCCCAGGCUUGGUGAGCCUCCUCUGCAGGUUAGACUCUGACUAGGGAAUGGCAGUUGGCUCUCUCAUCACCUUUGUCCAUCAUCAGAAUGGUAGGGGCAUGGGAACUGUGGCUCUGGGCUUCAAUGUUUUCCAGGUGUUUAUCUUUUAAAAAUAGUGUUCUCUCCUUGGUCCAUGCAAAUGAGUGGCCAAACGCACAGUGCUUGGCACAUCGUAAGUACUUAAUAAAUGCUUGUUGCUUGUUUUGGGUGGGGGGAAGAGCUCCUAAAAAGCUAAGUCCUUUCGGGGGACCUCAUAGGCUUUCCUGGCCUUUUCUUAUGCCAAUGAACAACCCAAAGCUUUGGUUCCUUUGCUGGGAUAGAAUGGGCCAAUGGCAUCUCUAUUAGGUUCAAACGUAAUGACUGGGACCUAAAAGGAUCUACUCACAUCUGGAAAGAGGAUCACUUCUACAAUGUCUUAAUCUUAUGGGGAGUGAAUUUCAGGCAUCUGUGAAUUUGG